GGGAGCGUGGCGAUGCUGAUAUCCCGACAUGGCAAACGGAGAAUGAGCUCAUGUUCGAUUCCUGAGUCUCACUGCGGGAUAUGCUUCCUCCCCGGGCGGUUGCGGGCCCGACUGUCAACACCCCUGCCGGUUCCGACGAGGUCUUAAAGCGGCACACCCUCCUCAAGAAGACCGCUGGCGAGGACCGAACCGGAGGUCGACCUGUGGAUGAAAUAACAGCACGACAUUAUCAGCAGCAGCAGCAUACAUGGCUUGAAGAUGCAGUGGCACCAUGAGCAAAGCCAGUGGGCUGAACAGCAUUUUGACAUUUCCUCGACCACGCGCUCCCCAGGCCACAAGGCGGAGGCCUACCAUCUAGUACCCGGCCUCCUGCACUGCGCCGCCACUGAUCAGUAUGCCUGGGCCAACGAUGACAUCUCUGCCCUCACUGCCUCUAACCUGCUCAAGAAAUAUGCAGAGAAGUAUUCCAGUAUUCUGGCGGUGCCUGUCUCCUGUUCGGAAGCCCCCGGUGUGCCGGUAGGGAUAAACGGACGCAAGGGUGAAUCGGACCCCUGGCAGGAUGGAGUCUAUUCCAUGAGUUGCAUCCCUGAUGGGGUUGCCAUCCGCAAGGGAGGCGUUGCAGCCACUUCUGAGGUGGGAACUGGUUUGUGCAGCUCUCCUGGUAUUGCCUCAAGCACUCUUAGUGAGCCGAACUACUCUAGCAGUAGCUGUGGAAGCCACAUUACCACCGGACUCCACUCAGCUUCAUUGCCUUCUCAGGAAUAUCCUGUGCCUUACAGUGGUACCUACUUGCACAGUAGUUAUAAUUCGCAGUCUGUGCCCCCCCCUGCACAUCCGUCCCCGCUGCACAGCAGUGGAAUCUUGCAACCACCUCCACCAUCCUGUCACCCAACAUUAGUCCCACCUCACAAAGGAGGCGCACCAGACUUAUCUGGUUAUAACUACUCUGCAGCCGGGUAUCCUGUUCAGAGCUCAGUAAGGCCUGGAUACAGUCCCAGAGGAGUACCCCUGUCAAACUCAUACAUUCCCUCGGGCAUUGCCACGCCAACACCUCUUCCCCCGUCGUCAACUUUACCUGGGUAUCCGUACCAUAACCACAGCUUGACCCCAAUCACCCCAAGUCAUUUUAACAGUUGCUCCUCCAACACGCUGAAGAGGACGGCCUUCUACAUAACUGGUCAAGGAGAUAAUGAAACUCCUUAUCCUAACUUUGGAUUUGACCAGACUCUGAGCUCAGCCGACAGCAUGAUGUACAGAGUGGCGGACAGCAGCAGCACAAACGGAAGCUCUAAUGGUUCCAGUGGCUUUGAUAGGAAUUCUGAAAAGUCACUGCACCACUUUUCUCAGCAAAAGCAGUACACAAAGCCUUCAGAGCAGCAACAGAAAAAGUACAACAACCAGGAAAGCAACAUCCAGCUGUCUCCAUCACCCUGCAUUCCUCCCACACUAAGGGGUUCCCGCUCUGCAGACUCUCUUUUUUGCUUUGUAUCCUCACAUCGCAGUGAGCAAAGUGCUGAAGAUCAUCACUUCCAACUUUCCCAUUCAGGGGCUCCAUCCUCCUCCUCAACAACAUGUUGCCCCCUUUCUUCUCUAGAGCAACUAAAAAACUCUGACCCUCACCUCUUGGACAUGGUUACCUCCGAAAUUGUUCAGCACGGGCCCUCCGUGGACUGGAGUGACAUUGCAGGCUUAGAACUCGCCAAAGUGACCCUGAAAGAGGAGGUCCUAUGGCCCAUCUUGCGUCCUGACAUAUUCACCAGCUUAGGAACCACACCGAGUUGUGUGCUGCUAUUUGGCCCGAGAGGCUGUGGCAGGACGUUACUAGGCCAAUGCCUAGCCAGCCAGCUCGGGAAACCACUACUUCUACUCAGUGGGUCUACGUUAGUCACCAAGUGGCUGACAGACGGGGAGAGAAUUAUCCGAGCGUCCUUCCUCGUGGCGCGCUGCCGCCAACCCUGUGUACUAUUUAUCAGUGAGGUGGACAUGCUGCUGGCAUCACAACUCGCUGACAAAAGUCCUAUUAAUAGACUGAAGCGGGAGUUACUUUCCCAACUGGACUCACUUCUUAUGGGCUCAGGUGAGGAUGGAAGUGACCAAGUGUUAGUGGUUUGCUCCACAAGUAGACCCCAGGAAUUGGAUGAAGGGUUACACAGAUACUUUGCUCUGAGGGUUCUGGUACCCCUGCCCGACAGUGCAGCUCGACACCAGAUUCUCAGACAGUUUCUCACUCAAUCGCAGCAGAAAUACUGUAUGAGCGAGGAGGACCUGGCACUGUUGGUCCAACGCACUGGUGGUUUCUCUGGACUUGACCUGGGCAGACUCUGCCAUGAAGCCCAGGUGGGUUUGUCACAUGUCUCCACACAAGGCAUAGACAGUAAUAUGAUGCCUCGGGGAGAGAAUCGCCCCCUGGCCUACUUGGACUUUGAGAGCGUCUUUUGUAAAUUGCAUGCCAGUACAUCAGCAAAAGAGAUUGAUAUGUACACAGAGUGGAACAAAAUUUUCGGGCGCAGUCCCAAAAAGGACAGACUUUCUUGAUUGACGUUCAAGUGUUUUUCCUCAGGGCAGACACAUUAUGCUGGAGGAAAAGACAACACAAGCUUGCAGUAUCUGUGCAAAGAUAAAAACAUACAUUCAGUUAAUCAAAUUCAAGUGCCUAUAAUGGGUGCUUUUUUGAUUUAAUUUGUCUCACAAUCACCAUGAUUUGAAUCAACCAAAUUAAGAGCUUUAAACUAUUGUGUUUGGAACUAGGACUUGGUUUGCCAUUGUGUACAGGUUAGUUGAUCUUUUCCAGGGUAAGUUUGUUUUAGGCAUUGACUCCACAAAUCAAGCAAAAACUCAGGAAGGCAGUUGAGCAAACACCGUAACCUCAUGAUCUUGUACAGUUCUAUACGCGCUUACAUGGGUGUUUGAAAUAUAAAUGUUUAGCUCUAGGAUUAAGAUAAAGGUCUAUCCAUACCAGUGGUUUUAAUGGAUCCACAGGUAGUCAGCCACACGCCCAAACCCUGAGCCCCUAACGAUGACAACAAUGUCCGAUUAAGAAAAGGCUCUUAUUUUCCUGUCUAUAGGCAAAUACAUGUAAUGUCAAAAGUGUUUAUGAACGAAAAUGUGUUGUCUCCAAAAUGUUGAACAUUCCAAUAAGUCUAUAUAAUCAAUAUUUUGUAUUUUUUCCACCUACAGUUUGCUACCAUUUAUGUACAUUACACAAGCUAAUUAAUGCACUUCAGAUUAUUAGCAGCUGCAAGUGCCAUUUCUACCAGUAUUAUUUAAUUUAUAUUUGAAGGGUUUUUUCUGUUGUCCUUGGUUUACAGGAAAUACAGGUAUGUGUUUCCAGAAGUGUGUGUCCUAUUCCUGUUUCACUAUCAAUCACUUUAAAUGUUUAUUGUUGUUUCCAGCAGUUGCUAUAUUUUAAUCGCUGAUUAUCAAAACGUGUUGAUUUGGGUAAACAACAAAAUUAAAAUGAGUGAAAAAUGAGUUCCAUGAUUUCUUCAUUUUACGUGUUGUGAGGAUGCAAUUGUGCUGUGCCCAAUUGUUCAAAAAGUGAUAUGUGGAUUGAAAUUGUCCAGAUUCUGAAAUCUUCUUUUGCCAUCCAGGAAAAAAUGGAUGGAUGGAUGGAUAUCGUACUCUGUUUUACUUUUAUUACA